AUGAGUGAUGAUGACUUUAGUGAUGAUGAUGAAAUCGGUAACCUAUUGAAAAAGGACUACGUUGAAGUAGAUAAACCCAAAAAUCCUUUGACUCAUCAUUUCAUUGAUUAUAAUCAACUAUUAACCUAUAUCUAUCCAACUAAUUUUGAAAUUAGAGAUUAUCAAUUCAAUAUCGUUAAAAAGGCUUUUUAUAAUAACUUAUUGGUUACUUUACCAACUGGGUUAGGUAAAACUUUCAUUGCCAGUACUGUGAUUUUAAAUUUCUUAAGAUGGUUUCCUGAUUCAAAAUUGAUCUUUAUGGCUCCAACAAAACCUUUAGUAGCUCAACAAAUUAAAGCUUGUUGUAGUAUAACUGGAAUUUCAUCUUCGAAAGUUGCUAUUCUAUUAGAUAAAUCUAAAAAUUUAAGACUGAAAAUUUGGAAUGAUAAAUCAGUCUUUUUCACAACUCCUCAAGUUGUUGAAAAUGAUUUAGCUAAUGGUAGUUGUGAUCCUAAAAAAAUUGUCUUGUUGGUUAUUGAUGAAGCUCAUAGGGCAAAAGGUAAUUAUGCUUAUAAUAACGUUUGUCAAUUCAUUAAUAGAUUUAACUCUUCUUAUAGAGUUUUGGCUUUAACCGCAACUCCCGCUACUAAUAUUGAAGGUGUCCAAGAAAUUAUUAAUAAUUUACAUAUAUCUAAAAUUGAAGUUAGAACUGAAAAUUCAAUCGAUAUCAUAAAAUAUAUUAAACGGAAAAAAAUCGAAAGAAUUACCGUUCAUCCAAAUAAUCAUAUCUUACAUUGUAUCGAUUUAUUAUCAGAAGCUAUCCUACCAGUUUUGACCACUUGUAAUGAACGAAAGAUUUAUGAUAUCACUGAUCCAAAAAAAAUUAAUGCUUUCCAAGCAAUGGAAUCUUCUCAAAGAAUUAUUAAAAAUCCGACUAUCCCAGAAGGCUUAAAAUGGUCCAAUUAUUUCCUAUUACAACUUCUAACCGUGGUUGGUCAAUGUUUAAGAAGAUUAAAUAUCUACGGUAUAAAAUCUUUUUACACCUAUUUCACUGAAAAACAUAAUGAGUUCAUUACCAAAUAUGAUAAUAAAAAAUCAACAAAUCAUACCGCUGCUUCCUUCUAUAAGCACGAGAAAAUCACUGAGUUAUUAAACUUGUCAGAAUCUUUAAUUAAUGAUAAUAGUUUUAUUAGUCAUCCUAAAUUGGAAGUUUUGAUUGAAAACUUGAAAGUUUUCGCUAGUGAAAAUCCUUCGAACGAUUCAAAAGUUAUCGUCUUCACGGAAUUCAGAGAAUCAGCUUUAGAAAUUGUUCAGUCAAUUGAAAAUUUAAGGUCUUCUCUUUUGAAACCUCACAUCUUUAUUGGUCAAGCUAAAGAACGGGAAAAAUUCGAUGAAGUGAAAUUCUUAAAUAAAGGUAGGAAAAAACCAAUUGCCCAACCAAAAGCUAAAACUCCUUCAAUUAGAUCCAGUUCAGAAGAUGCCCAAUUGAAAGGUAUGAAUCAAAAAAUUCAGAAAAAAUUGAUUAAAGAUUUUAAAAAUAACUCAUAUAAUAUUUUAGUUGCCACUUCAAUUGGUGAAGAAGGUUUGGAUAUAGGUGAAGUGGAUUUAAUCGUUUGCUAUGAUUCAACCUCUUCUCCAAUUAAAAAUAUUCAAAGAAUGGGUAGAACUGGUCGUAAAAGAGAUGGUAAAGUCUUAUUAUUAUUUUCAAGUAAUGAAGAAUCAAAAUUUAAUAAAGCCAUGGAAGGUUAUGAAUAUAUCCAACAACAUAUCAUGGGUAAUAAUUUAAUAGAUCUAUUUGAACAAAAUAGAAUAAUACCUAAAAAUUAUGAACCAAUUGUUGAAAAAAAAUUUAUUGAAAUACCUCCGGAAAAUAUCGAAUUAAAAUUAGAAGACGAUGAAGAUGAAAUCAUCAAAAUAGCAUUAAACUAUAUGAAUAAUAAACAACUGAAAUCAAAUAAGAAACUGAAAAAACAAGAAAAAAAAUUUAAUAUGCCUGAUAAUGUCGAAACCGGAUUUACCACCGUUACAAAUAUGAUUAAAAGGAAAGGUGAUAGCGUUUCAAUAGCUGAAAAACGGAAAAGAGAACAAGAAUGGAAAGAAAGAGAAGCACUGCGGGAACGAGAUUUACUAGACGAUUUGGUAGACUCCGAUGAAGAAGCAAGCCAAAGAGUAAGAUCCAUCACAUCUUCUGAUUCAAAAAGACAGAAGACUCAAUCUCUGGAAUUCGAAAACUCUAUAAAUCUUGACAGCGACGACGACACUCCAAGCAAAACCAUUCUUCCUAACCCUAGUCCUGAUAUUAGUUCACCGCAAAAACGAAAGUCUCUAGGUACAAGACGCCCCCCACUAAAAAUUCAAAAACCAAUCACUUCUCUUUUAGAGUAUAAGGAUGAUGACCCUGCACAACCAAAUGAACGCAAAACGGUGAAGACUUUGGGUCCCAAAAGAAGAACGGUCCCCAGCAUAAUUGACCAAUUGAAAAAGCAAAAGGAUAAAACUGAUGAACAACUACAACAAAUUUUAUCAGACUUUAAGCAAAAUCCACCAUCCAAUAAUGAGGAUGACAACCGCAGCGACGACUUGGACGACGAAUUUAAUGAUGGCUUGGACCACGAGCUAUUAUCUGUUGCUGAAACCUAUAAAAAGUCAACGCCUAGUCCAAGCAUACUGGCCAACUCCACCGUUGAUUCGCCUUACAAAAACACCUUUGGACACAAUGAAGGCUUUCUAAAUGAGUCUGACAAGUUCGAGCUAUAUACCUCGUACUUUGUCAACUUGAAAUCUUCGGACAAGUCCUCUUUCCUUGACCCAAUAGACUUUGCACCCUCUUCAAACACUAAUCACAGUCGUAUAUCGACAAAACUCAUCAAAUGCUUGCACUUCAUAAACUCACUUGAUCCGGCCACAGCCCAAAAAGUCGUUCGUCUGUAUACAAAUGGCAAACCUCCGUCACAAGAGUCCUCCUCAAAGGCCUUGCAACACUUGGUUGUUCCUGAUUCCCCCUAGACUCUCCUUGUAUAUAAAUUCACGUCUAUAUCGAUAUAUACGUUUUUUGCAUCAUUAGAAUAAGUUACCCGC